GAAGUGAGCGCGGCGCUAGGAAAGAUGGCGGCAGCGGCGGCGGUGGGCAACGCGAUGCCCUGCGGGGCCCGGCCUUGCGGGGCCCGGCCUGACGGGCAGCCCAAGCCCGGGCCGCAGCCGCGCGCGCUCCUUGCCGCCGGGCCGGCGCUCAUAGCGAACGGUGACGAGCUGGUGGCUGCCGUGUGGCCGUACCGGCGGUUGGCGCUGUUGCGGCGCCUCACGGUGCUGCCAUUCGCCGGGCUGCUUUACCCGGCCUGGUUGGGUGCCGCAGCCGCUGGCUGCUGGGGCUGGGGCAGCAGUUGGGUGCAGAUCCCCGAAGCCGCGCUGCUCGUGCUUGCCACCAUCUGCCUCGCGCACGCGCUCACUGUCCUCUCGGGGCAUUGGUCUGUGCACGCGCAUUGCGCGCUCACCUGCACCCCGGUGACACCAGCAGGUUUGGAGCCAUGGACACUGAGGUAUAUCAGGAAGCUUCUCCUCUGAUUCCAGGAGUGUGUUUGCCUCAAGAAGAGGAAAAGGGAACAGCAUCAAGGGCUACAGAAAGACAGAAGCCCCCCACCCUGGCUGGCUCUGAAUGUGGGUAGAAUCCUCAUUCUCCUCUCCUGAGAGACAACCUGUUCUGUCCUUCAAAAAGACUUAUCUAUCCCAGGGGAGAAGCUCAACUUGGUAGCUUUGAGGUAGUACAAUGAAAGACACCAAUGAGGGACAAAAUAAAGGAGGGGUUAAGGGGACUGUGGCACCGCUCAAACUUCAGCUGCCUUUUGACCUGCAGCUAAGCAGCUUAGCUCUUAACUUCCUCUCCAGGGAUGGAGAAGUGGGAGGAGCUGAACAGCCAUCAGCCAGGAGAGGUGGAUCUGGGUUUGAUUCAGAUCUCAGAAAGGGCCGCUUCUGCUCUCUGAGUUUCAGUUUCCCCCUUCUGUAAACUGAGAACCGUAACUAACACCUACUGGGUGCCAUCUUGAGAAGCGGAGAUGAUAUCUGCAGAGUGCCCGCCCUGGGGCCAUCACAGCGUAUAGCCUCUUGUACCUUUCUUCCGUGACGUCAUGUUUGUAGUUAUGUGAUUGUUGUUAUUUGCUGCCUGCUUUGGAGGCCCAUGAACCACCCGUGCGGUGGCGCUUUGUUUCUGCGGGUCAUCAUUGUGCUCCCCCCAUCUCCAUGCAGCUCGUCUCCAUGCAGCUCGAUCUAGCAGAGCCGCAGAGGGAUGGAUGUGGCUCACGGGAUCCAGGGAGCAAUGAACGAGUUCCAUUCAGCAUUUCUGUGUCUUAGGUGCUGGGGAAACAGCAGUGAACAAAACAGGCAAAUCCCCCUGCCUUUGUGGUGGUACUGGGAGGGAGAACUCAUGGUCAGCAGUUGAUGCUAAACAGAGAUGACAUCUAACAUCAGGACAGGAUGGGACAUUGCCGGGAACUUUACAUGGGGCAGCCAGGGAGGGGCUCCUGAGAAGGUGAUGUUUCAGCAAAAGCCUGAGGCAGCAAGGGAGCUGUGUGACUGUGUAUUCCGGGCAGAGAAAACAGCACAUGCCAAGGCCCUUUGCUGAGGCACGAUCGAGCCCCAUGUGCGUGUGGAGCUGUGGAGUGUAGUGAGCAGGGUUGGUGGAAGAGGCAGAGCUGAGCAGGAGGCCAGGGGGCCUGUGAUGGGGCGGGGGCUUGGCUCACGUGAAUUGAGGACGUACUGGGUGGGUGCCUGGCAGCGUUCUUCCUAUUUGAGUUCAUGUCACCUUCAGCAGAGCAGAGCCCUGGGCAUUAGGUGCUGUCUGUGCACCCAGCUUCCCAGCUUUUUUUGUUGUUGUUUUUGUUUUUGUUUUUUGGGGGGUUUUUUUGUUUGUUUGUUUGUUUUUGAGAUGGAGUCUGGCUCUGUUGCCCAGGCUGGAGUGCAGUGGCACAAUCUCGGCUCACUGCAACCUCCGCCUCCCAGGUUCAAGUGAUUGUUCUGCCUCAGCCUCCCGAGUAGCUGAGACUACAGGUGCCUGCCACCAUGCCCAGCUAAUUUUUAUAUUUUUAGUAGAGACGGGGUUUCACCAUAUUGGCCAGGCUGGUCUCAAACUCCUGACCUCGUGAUCCCCCCUGCCUCAGCCUCCCAAAGUGCUGGGAUUACAGGUGUGAGCCACUGCACCCAGCCUUUUUAUUUUGAGACAGAGUACUGCCCUGUCGCCCAGGCUGGAGUGCAGUGGUGCAAUCUCGGCUCACUGCAAGCUCUGCCUCCUGGGUGCACGCCAUUCUCCUGCCUCAGCCUCCCAAGUAGCUGGGACUACAGACGCCUGCCACCACGCCCAGCUAAUUUUUUGUGUUUUUAGUAGAGAUGGGGUUUCACCGUGUUAGCCAGGAUGGUCUCAAUCUCCUGACGUCGUGAUCCGCCCACCUCGGCCUCCCAAAGUGCUGGGAUUACAGGAGUACGACCCCAGCAAAGCGACCUUUGUGAAGGUGGUGCCAACCCCCAACAAUGGCUCCACGGAGCUCGUGGCCCUGCACCGCAAUGAGGGCGAAGACGGGCUUGAGGUGCUGUCCUUCGAAUUCCAGAAGAUCAAGUAUUCCUACGAUGCCCUGGAGAAGAAGCAGUUUCUCCCCGUGGCCUUUCCUGUGGGAAACGCCUUCUCAUACUAUCAGAGCAACAGAGGCUUCCAGGAAGACUCAGAGAUCCGAGCAGCUGAGAAGAAAUUUGGGAGCAACAAGGCCGAGAUGGUGGUGCCUGACUUCUCGGAGCUUUUCAAGGAGAGAGCCACAGCCCCCUUCUUUGUAUUUCAGGUGUUCUGUGUGGGGCUCUGGUGCCUGGAUGAGUACUGGUACUACAGUGUCUUCACGCUAUCCAUGCUGGUGGCGUUCGAGGCCUCGCUGGUGCAGCAGCAGAUGCGGAACAUGUCGGAGAUCCGGAAGAUGGGCAACAAGCCCCACAUGAUCCAGGUCUACCGAAGCCGCAAGUGGAGGCCCAUUGCCAGUGAUGAGAUCGUACCAGGGGACAUCGUCUCCAUCGGCCGCUCCCCACAGGAGAACCUGGUGCCAUGUGAUGUGCUUCUGCUGCGAGGCCGCUGCAUCGUAGACGAGGCCAUGCUCACGGGGGAGUCCGUGCCACAGAUGAAGGAGCCCAUCGAAGACCUCAGCCCAGACCGGGUGCUGGACCUCCAGGCUGAUUCCCGGCUGCACGUCAUCUUCGGGGGCACCAAGGUGGUGCAGCACAUCCCCCCACAGAAAGCCACCACGGGCCUGAAGCCGGUUGACAGCGGGUGCGUGGCCUACGUCCUGCGGACCGGAUUCAACACAUCCCAGGGCAAGCUGCUGCGCACCAUCCUCUUCGGGGUCAAGAGGGUGACUGCGAACAACCUGGAGACCUUCAUCUUCAUCCUCUUCCUCCUGGUGUUUGCCAUCGCUGCAGCUGCCUAUGUAUGGAUUGAAGGUACCAAGGACCCCAGCCGGAACCGCUACAAGCUGUUUCUGGAGUGCACCCUGAUCCUCACCUCGGUCGUGCCUCCUGAGCUGCCCAUCGAGCUGUCCCUGGCCGUCAACACCUCCCUCAUCGCCCUAGCCAAGCUCUACAUGUACUGCACAGAGCCCUUCCGGAUCCCCUUUGCUGGCAAGGUCGAGGUGUGCUGCUUUGACAAGACGGGGACGUUGACCAGUGACAGCCUGGUGGUGCGCGGUGUGGCCGGGCUGAGAGACGGGAAGGAGGUGACCCCAGUGUCCAGCAUCCCUGUAGAAACACACCGGGCCCUGGCCUCGUGCCACUCGCUCAUGCAGCUGGACGACGGCACCCUCGUGGGUGACCCUCUAGAGAAGGCCAUGCUGACGGCCGUGGACUGGACGCUGACCAAAGAUGAGAAAGUAUUCCCCCGAAGUAUUAAAACUCAGGGGCUGAAAAUUCACCAGCGCUUUCAUUUUGCCAGUGCCCUGAAGCGAAUGUCCGUGCUUGCCUCGUAUGAGAAGCUGGGCUCCACCGACCUCUGCUACAUCGCGGCCGUGAAGGGGGCCCCCGAAACUCUGCACUCCAUGUUCUCCCAGUGCCCGCCUGACUACCACCACAUCCACACCGAGAUCUCCCGGGAAGGAGCCCGCGUCCUGGCGCUGGGGUACAAGGAGCUGGGACACCUCACUCACCAGCAGGCCCGGGAGGUCAAGCGGGAGGCCCUGGAGUGCAGCCUCAAGUUCGUCGGCUUCAUUGUGGUCUCCUGCCCGCUCAAGGCUGACUCCAAGGCCGUGAUCCGGGAGAUCCAGAAUGCGUCCCACCGGGUGGUCAUGAUCACGGGAGACAACCCGCUCACUGCAUGCCACGUGGCCCAGGAGCUGCACUUCAUUGAAAAGGCCCACACGCUGAUCCUGCAGCCUCCUUCUGAGAAAGGCCGGCAGUGCGAGUGGCGCUCCAUUGACGGCAGCAUCGUGCUGCCCCUGGCCCGGGGCUCCCCAAAGGCACUGGCCCUGGAGUACGCACUGUGCCUCACAGGCGACGGCUUGGCCCACCUGCAGGCCACCGACCCCCAGCAGCUGCUCCGCCUCAUCCCCCAUGUGCAGGUGUUCGCCCGUGUGGCCCCCAAGCAGAAGGAGUUUGUCAUCACCAGCCUGAAGGAGCUGGGCUACGUGACCCUCAUGUGUGGGGAUGGCACCAACGACGUGGGCGCCCUGAAGCAUGCUGACGUGGGUGUGGCGCUCUUGGCCAAUGCCCCUGAGCGAGUUGUCGAGCGGCGACGGCGGCCCCGGGACAGCCCAACUCUGAGCAACAGUGGCAUCAGAGCCACCUCCAGGACAGCCAAGCAGCGGUCGGGGCUCCCUUCCUCCGAGGAGCAGCCAACCUCCCAGAGGGACCGCCUGAGCCAGGUGCUGCGAGACCUCGAGGACGAGAGUACGCCCAUUGUGAAACUGGGGGAUGCCAGCAUCGCAGCACCCUUCACCUCCAAGCUCUCAUCCAUCCAGUGCAUCUGCCACGUGAUCAAGCAGGGCCGCUGCACGCUGGUGACCACACUACAGAUGUUCAAGAUCCUGGCGCUCAAUGCCCUCAUCCUGGCCUACAGCCAGAGCGUCCUCUACCUGGAGGGAGUCAAGUUCAGUGACUUCCAGGCCACCCUACAGGGGCUGCUGCUGGCCGGCUGCUUCCUCUUCAUCUCCCGUUCCAAGCCCCUCAAGACCCUCUCCCGAGAACGGCCCCUGCCCAACAUCUUCAACCUGUACACCAUCCUCACCGUCAUGCUCCAGUUCUUUGUGCACUUCCUGAGCCUUGUCUACCUGUACCGUGAGGCCCAGGCCCGGAGCCCCGAGAAGCAGGAGCAGUUCGUGGACUUGUACAAGGAGUUUGAGCCAAGCCUGGUCAACAGCACCGUCUACAUCAUGGCCAUGGCCAUGCAGAUGGCCACCUUCGCCAUCAAUUACAAAGUAAGGCCUGGGCCCUGCCCAAACAUUCACUGUCUGCCCACCCAGCCCCACCCCAUGAAGCCAUCUGUCCCUCAUCCCCACAGGGCCCGCCCUUCAUGGAGAGCCUGCCCGAGAACAAGCCCCUGGUGUGGAGUCUGGCAGUUUCACUCCUGGCCAUCAUUGGCCUGCUCCUCGGCUCCUCGCCCGACUUCAACAGCCAGUUUGGCCUCGUGGACAUCCCUGUGGAGUUCAAGCUGGUCAUUGCCCAGGUCCUGCUCCUGGACUUCUGCCUGGCGCUCCUGGCCGACCGCGUCCUGCAGUUCUUCCUGGGGACCCCGAAGCUGAAAGUGCCUUCCUGAGAUGGCAGUGCUGGUACCCACUGCCCACCCUGGCUGCCGCUGGGCGGGAACCCCACCAGGGCCCCGGGAGGGAACCCUGCCCCCAACCCCCCACAGCAAGGCUGUACAGUCUCGCCCUUGGAAGACUGAGCUGGGACCCCCACAGCCAUCCGCUGGCUUGGCCAGCAGAACCAGCCCCAAGCCAGCACCUUUGGUAAAUAAAGCAGCAUCUGAGAUUUUAAAAA